AUGGCUAUGGCAACAUUUCAACAGAAGCGAGCCAACAUUCGGCUUCCACCUGAAGUGAAUCGCAUCUUAUAUGUCAGAAACUUGCCAUACAAGAUAACGUCCGACGAAAUGUACGAUAUCUUUGGCAAGUACGGCGCAAUAAGGCAAAUCAGAGUGGGCAACACUCCCGAAACGAGAGGGACUGCAUUUGUUGUUUAUGAAGACAUCUUUGACGCAAAGAACGCAUGUGACCACCUGUCUGGCUUUAAUGUCUGCAAUCGGUACUUAGUUGUUCUGUACUAUCAACCAAAUAAGGCAUUCAAGAAGAUUGACGUCAACCAAAAAGAGGCAGAACUGGAAUCACUCAAAAAGAAGUUUAAUGUUUAA